UUCUCUCUCCCCUGUUUCUCUGUCUCUGUCUCUCUGGGUGUCUCCGUCUCUGAGCAGAUCCUGUUGCUCUGAACUCGCUCUCUCUCUCUCGCUUUCGCCGCGAUCGCUUCUUCUCUCUCCGGCUCGUAGCGAUCCUCGCCGCUCUCGAUUCGGAGGGUUUCUCUCUUUCUCGAUCUGACUCUAGUUAAUCUUCCCGUUGUCCAACCAUGAAGAUGAUCGUGGUGAAGCUUGCCUGCGGCGUUCGAGUUGUCGAGGGUCUCUGCAAGAAAGGCCGUAAAUUGAAGCAGAUUCGCAAGUUCUUCAGGGGCAUGAUCAUGCCCUUUCUGUGCCCUAAAUCGUUCAUCAGAGGUGUCCAACCGCUCAAUGCCAAGAUUUAUCCGAACGAAUUUCUCGAAACCGACAGAGAAGAGAAAAAUCCAGCCAUUGUAGUUGAAGGUAGUAGAACAGAGGAUUCAUCUUCGGAGUCGAUCCGGGAUAUCGACCCAUAUGACGCUUAUCCUUCUCAAAGCGAUGAAGAUGAUGACGCUAAUUCGCGAGCCGAUGUUCCCGUGGAAGCCUAUGAGUACGUUGAUGAUAUAUGCGCCUUCUACAAAUCGGAAGAGGAAGAGGUGAACUAUCUAUAG